AACUUUGAGUUUCCAGCAAAACCCAUCUCCCUUAAAAAAAAUCAAAAACCUAACCAGAAGCGACAAUAGCACCACUACCAUCACCAUGAGCAUUCUGUCAUCACGAACAAGUUCCCGUUCCGUAACAGAAACGGUAAACGGUUCACACAAGUUUGUAAUCAAAGGCUACUCACUUGCAAAAGGAAUGGGAGUUGGUAAACACAUAGCCAGCGAGACUUUCACCGUCGGCGGUUACCAAUGGGCAAUUUACUUCUACCCCGACGGUAAAAACCCAGAAGAUAAUUCUGCUUAUGUUUCUGUUUUCAUUGCUCUCGCUUCUGAAGGUACCGAUGUUAGAGCUCUUUUUGAACUCACUUUGCUUGAUCAGAGUCCUAAUUGCAAACAUAAGGUUCAUAGUCAUUUUGAUCGCUCUCUUGAGAGUGGUCCUUAUACUCUUAAGUAUCGCGGCAGCAUGUGGGGGUAUAAGCGGUUUUUCAAACGUGCUCAACUUGAGGCGUCGUCCUUCCUUAAGGAUGACUGCUUGAAGAUAAACUGCACUGUUGGUGUGGUUGUGUCGUCCAUUGAUUGUUCUAAAUUGACCACCAUACAUGUUCCUGAAUCUGACAUUGGAUCGCAUUUUGGCAUGCUGUUAGAGAAUGAGGAAGGAUCUGAUGUUACUUUCUCUGUUGGUGGAGAAAGAUUUCAUGCACAUAAACUUGUUAUGGCAGCUCGGUCAACUGCAUUUGAAACCGAGUUUUUCAAUAGUAUGGAGGAAGAUGACCGUGAUGUAGUUGUUACGGACAUGGAACCUAAGGUUUUCAAGGCUUUGCUUCAUUUUAUUUAUCGAGACACUCUUAUAGAAGAUGAAGAGUUCUUCAUGUCAAGUUCAUCGUUCCUGCCUUCAAUAUCUGAAACAUUUGCAGCAAAAUUGUUAGCUGCUGCGGAAAAGUAUGAUUUGCCUAGACUUAAGCUGAUGUGUGAGUCUGUACUUUGCAAAGAUAUAUCUAUAGAUUCUGUUGCCUAUAUUCUGGCUCUUGCUGAUCGCUAUCAUGCCACGGAGUUAAAGGCCAUCUGUCUACAAUUUUCCGCUGAAAACCUUGUCGGUUUUGUCUGUGUCAAGAGUCAAGACCUGUGCUUAGGUCUACUUCAAGGCAUGUAACAACUUGGCACCAAAUCUGGGUGUCACGGGUGACGUGGUAAAUUUAGCAGCCAUGCUGGAUGAGACAACUGGGGAGCCUCAGAAUUGCUCUGUAUAUGGCUCGGGAAUGGGAAGGAAGUCGAAGUUAUUCUUUGGGAGUUCUAAACUCACAUGAAGAAGGAAUUGAAGUGAAGAAACAGAUUGAUGGAUCUGUUUGGGUUGUGUGCCGUGACAGUGCGGUGAUGCAAGGAUGGGAUCGCAAUUGUACGCAAGUGACGUUGCAGCACCGCCAUAAUAUUGGGGUAAAUUUUUGGGAUUUUUUGGCAUUCAGUCAGUGGCGGAGCAUAGUCGGGACAAAGCUGUGAUGCAGUCUGAUGGUUUUGAGUAUCUAAAAGAAAACUGUCCGUUGCUGCAAUCAGAACUGCUUAAGACAGUUGCAGGAGGCGAAGAGGAAUUUAGCGGUGAAGGAAAAUGCCGAAGUGUGUGGGCCCAAGUUU